AUGUGGGAGGGCCUCCUGGAGGUCAGCGGUGAGGGAAAGCAGGCCGAGCCCCAGGCCUGGGUCCUGUCACUUCCUGGUCCUGUGACUUCGGGGGAAGCGCUUAACGCCUCCGCCGCGGGGUCUGCUCUGCGAAAAGGGACGAUGCCCGCCCGCCGGCAGGGCGGCCUGGAGGCGGAGGGUGCGUGGGCAGGGCUGGCUGCUGGCAGGAUGGACACCUGGGACAUGGGGGCCAGUUCGCCCCCGCCUCUGGCACCCAACAUCAGCGUGCCGCACCGCUGCCUGCUGCUGCUCUACGAGGACAUUGGCACCUCGCGGGUCCGGUACUGGGACCUCCUGCUGCUCAUCCCCAACGUGCUGUUUUUCAUCUUCCUGCUCUGGAAGCUUCCAUUUGCUCGGGCCAAGAUUCGAGUCACCUCCAGCCCCAUCUUUAUCACUUUUUAUAUCCUAGUGUUCGUGGUGGCGCUGGUGGGCAUUGCCCGGGCGGUGGUGUCCAUGACGGUCAGCACAUCAGACGCGGCGACGGUGGCUGACAAGAUCCUGUGGGAGAUCACGCGCUUCUUCCUGCUGGCCAUCGAGCUGAGCGUGGUCAUCCUGGGCCUGGCCUUCGGGCACCUGGAGAGCAAGUCCAGCAUCAGGCGGGUGCUGGCCAUCACCACGGUGCUGUCGCUGGCCUACUCCGUCACCCAGGGCACGCUGGAGAUCCUGUACCCCGACGCCCACCUGUCGGCCGAGGAUUUCAACAUCUACGGGCACGGGGGCCGCCAGUUCUGGGUCGUCAGCUCCUGUUUCUUCUUCCUGGUGUACUCCCUGGUGGUCGUGCUCCCCAAGACCCCACUGAAGGAACGCAUCUCCCUGCCGUCGCGGAGGAGCUUCUACGUGUACGCGGGCAUCCUGGCGCUGCUCAAUCUGGUGCAAGGGCUGGGGAGCGCGCUGCUGUGCGCAGACAUCAUCGAGGGGCUCUGCUGCGUGGACGCCACCACCUUCCUCUACUUCAGCUUCUUUGCGCCCCUCAUCUACGUGGCCUUCCUGCGCGGCUUCUUCGGCUCGGAGCCCAAGAUUCUCUUCUCCUACAAAUGCCAAGUGGAUGAGACCGAGGAGCCAGACAUGCACCUGCCCCAGCCCUACGCGGUGGCCCGGCGGGAGGGCCUGGAGGCGGCCGGGGCGGCCAGCACGCAGUUUGACUCGGCCGGCGUGGCCUACCUGGAUGAUGUGGCCUCCUUGCCGUGCCACACCGGCAGUAUCAACAGCUUGGACAGUGAGCGCUGGAAGGCCAUCAACGCCUGACGCAGCCCCCCGGGGGGCCGGACCACAGGGAACAGUGAGCGCUGGAAGGCCAUCAACGCCUGGUGCAGCCGCCCUGGGGGCCGGACUGCAGGGGACUGGCCACGGGGGGCCGGGGGCAGAGAGUCCCAGCAGAGCAGAUGAGGGCCCUGCCCACCCUCCGUCCCCACCUCUGUUCAGCCGGGGCCACUCCCCCUCCCAGCCGCCCCUGUCCCACUUGGGGACGCGGCCCCGACCGUGUGUCCCAGGGCCGGCCGGCUGCCGCCUCCCUGCAGCCUGGGCCCCGGGACUGGACUGGCCUCCUCACCGCCCACCCCUGCCCCAGAGCCUGCGCCAACGGGUGGGCCGAAGUGUGUCUAUUUUCCUGAUCUGUUUUCUAAUAAAAAGGAACAGAGUGGAA